CGUUACGCUCUCUCCCUCCCUUGGCUGCCCUCCGUCUCGCUAAGUCCGUUCCUCUCCCUCUCUCUCUCUUUCUCUCUCUUCAAUCUCUUCUCCUUCAGACGCGGAAAAUCCAGGCCAUCAGUCUCCAAAUCAAGAUUUCCCACGUUUGGACAGGAAGAAUUUCUAGGGUUUAUCUACAAGGCUUUGAGAUCCUGGAUUGUUGUCUUCACUAUGUGGGUCCGUCAAAGAUCUGUUGAACCAACAAAUUGUGGGAUGAAAAAUAGAAGUACAUGAUAUCCUGGGGAUUUUUGUAUCGAGAAAAUGAAACUUUGACCUACUUUUGGUGUUUCAGAUAGGAACUUCAUGGCCGACUCAUCCAGAAAAAGAAAAGCAACAUUUCUUGAUCAACAAGGUAGGGGAACUUUUGAUGGCAACUCUCAGUCGGUUCGGGACAAUCUGAGAGGAAACCUUACUCAUUUCCUUCUGAAGGAGUCAAAUCCAAAACAUAACAUUGGUUCAGUUGUGGGGAUAAAUGUGCAAGGAAAUGCUCUAGAAGCAGUGAAACAAAACUUUCAGUUUGCAGAAUGGUCAAAUAAUACAAGCUCUCAAUUAGGAAAAUUCCCAUUCCAAAAAGAUGCAAUAGAUAAAAUGAAUAAUUGUUGUGAGAUUACAAAGCCUCUUGAGGCCCAUCAUAUUCAACCUUCUCUCUUUCACAAGUCUCCACUUGGAGAGAUCCUUGCUCAGCAUAAUGUAGCACAUAAUGUGGCCCACCAACAUGAAGCCAAUAAAUUUCAGUCACGUUCUGGUUCGGGCAAUCUUUGCAUGGAAAAGAUUGGUAAUUUUCCCAGUUUGAAAGAUGGGAUGAACCUUGGCCAAAGUAAUGUGCUCUCAGCUAAUCCUUUACUCAGUGUGCCUUGUGGAAGUCUGACAGCCCUGGAAGAGUCACAACCAAGAACCAUUAACAGUGAGGAGUUCGUUCAUCAUGAAAAUGCAAAUGCAAAAACCUGCAUUCUGGACUUACGUAAAGUUGGAUCUUCCGUCAAUGUUGAAUGGACUGAUAAAUAUAUGAAUGCUGCAGGAAGUAGAGACAUCUCAAGUGUUGAAACUGGUGUCUCUUCCCAACCUUCUGUAGGCACUGAAGGAAAGGAAGCUUAUGGAUCUUAUCAGCAUCCUAAAACUGAAGUUAGAUCUGGAACUUCUCCUCGAGAUACAACUUCAGGUUUCAAUGUGACGGAUAGUGAUGAAGGCCAGCUUGGUUCUUUCACCCCUCUGUUGACAAUGCCUACAAAAUCCUCAAAUUGCGAUAAAAAAUGUCUAGAGGAUGGAAACCUGAAUAACAAAGCUCAGGUAUCUGAAGAUCAGGAAAUGAAAAUUGUGGAUAUGCGGUGUGAAUCAAAUGCAGAGAAUGCAAAGCAUUCAAGUGCUGGUAGUCCUGUGAGAAAACCUCCUGACCAUAGGGAUGAUCCCUCUCAUAUUUCACUUAAAUUGGAUGGAAAGAGUAUGCCACAUGCUGGAAAAGUAGCUCCAAAGAUUAUCGAAAAGCUCUGGGAGGGGUCACUUCAGCUAAACACAUCUGUAAAUGUUCCUGCAGUUGCCUACUUUAAAAGCGGUGAGAAGGCCCCAGAGUUCAACUGGUCUAAACAUGUAGCAGUCAAAGGGAAAGUAAGAUUAGAGGCUUUUGAAAAAUAUAUUCAAGAGCUUCCUCGGUCUCGCAACCGUGCGUUGAUGGUAAUCUCACUUUGUUGGAAAGUUGGAUCUUCCAAAACUGGACUGAUUGGCAUGAAGGAGGUUGCAAAAGGCUACAAAGACGGGAAGAAGGUAGGAUUUGCACAACUAGGCCCAACUAUCGACCUUUACGUCUGUCCUCGCAGUGACACCAUAAUCACAAUACUUGCAAAGUACGGCUUUUUCAAGGGUAUGGCAGCUGUCGAAGAUGACCAAGAUUCCUUAAUUGGUUGCGUUGUCUGGCGGAGAAACCGCUCAUCAUCUAAUUCUGUUUCUAAAAAGUCUGAUAGAAGGAAUGUUACUUCUUCAGAAACGCAACAUAAUUCCCCCGAGUCUGCCAUCUUACGAGGUGUGGAAACCCGUUCUCCGGUGAGGACUGCACAAGAUUCUGAAGCAAAUCAUGGUAAUUCAUGUAUAACGAGAUCAGCUGUGGGUCUGCACAUAUCUGACAUGAGAUUUUCAACUCUUGUGAGUGAAAGAGAUAUGGCUGCUGAAAGCAAGAAUAUCCAGUCCAGCAAGGAUCCACUAGAUGUUGAUGUUUCUUUCACAAACACUAUUCCAAAGUCAGCUGCUUCAGUCCUAGAUAGUAGCUCUCCUGUAAUAUCCAAGCUACAACCAGCUGCACAGAAGCCCGAUUCCAGUUCUUUGCAGGCUUCGAUAGGGCAGCCAUCAAAAGUCGAAAAUUCCAUCAUGCAUAUCGUAGAAACAAAGAAACCUCAUGCAGGCUUGGAGCUCUUAGAACACAAUCUUCCUGGACUGUCUAAAAUGUUAUUGAAAGCUGCACAGAAAGCUACUAGCCUUGAUGAUGAUGAUCUUCCUGAGUUUGACUUCAGGACUGCAUGUGGAGAUUCUCAACUUACAGUGCAUAAGUUUCUUUCCUGCAGCAACAAGGGUCAUUUUUCAAAUGCUCCUCCAAUUGACAAGAAAGUUCCAACUGAAGGAAUCAGGAAUAUAUGUGGCCCUGUGCCUCCAGCACAGCCCAUUAUGAGGCCUAUCGCAGCUGCCAAUCAACAAGUAUCACCUUUAUCAACUUAUCAAGGGAUUGCAUUGGAUACCCAUCUGGGAGUACUUGUGACGAAUAAACCUGGCGAUCCGGCAACCCAAGCUCCGCUGUGGCCCACUUCUGGUGGAAAGCCGUCAGUCCUAAGCAGCAAGCUAUUAAGCAGUGCCACUGUUGAGAAAAUGGAUAACACUGCAGCAAGCACAGGAGCUGAUUCUCAUAUACUACAUAAGAAUCUUUGGGAUGAUGAUGAUGACAUGCCUGAGUGGUGCCCACCAGAUGUAGAGCACACAGCCCAAUCACCGUCAGGUGAGAUGAUCAGAGCUGCAAACAUUCCUUCAGUUCCAAAAACCACAUUGGGAAAAGUACCAUUGGUACUGUCAGGGCCUCAAAUGGUGUCCCAGCCCCAAAUGUUGUGUCCUCCACCAGCACAUCCCCAGCGCUAUCCUCAUAGGCAUCAACCUCGAUUGCUGGCUCAGCUCCCCGUGAAUAACACAGUUAUGCUGCCACAAACAAGACCUCUUUCUGCAUCCGUUCAAAUGGGUCCGAGAUACUCCCCCAGAUCUAGUCCCAACCUGACUUUGAGGCCUCCGUCCAGCUUGUUUGAAAUCAAACUUAAUAUUAGACCUGUCAACAGGAGGGGUCGGCGGCCUUGAAUUCAGAAGAUAUCUCAUAAAUGAAGGCAGUGCUCAUCGAAGUGGAUGGGGGUGGUUUGUGCUUCUUAGAUUGAGAGAAUCAAAUUGUAAAUAGGAAGCUGGAUUAGAGAUUCAUAUCUUGGUAGUUUGCGUCUCUGUCCUUCACAAAUAUAGCCGGUUUGCAUAGGUGUUCUGUGACAAGUUUGUGUUUCUAUGGCAUUUUCAAGAAGAGAAGCAAUGUCCUUUAUGCCAUGUUUGAGGCUUGAUACUCUAUGUUAGCAGUGUUCUUCUUCUAUGGCAAGAGGGAGGAAAGACAAGCUCGCUGAAGCAAAUCGGGACUUCUCUAAAGCCUGUGAAAAAAAAUGCUAUGACUGAGUGCACGCUUCCACCCUCGGUAAUGUUUCUGUUGAUGUUAUUGCGAGGUGGGUUUUCAUUGCAUUACUGAAGAUCAAAACAGGCCAAUUUAGGCAUUGUUCUAAGCUGUGGUUUCUGUCAUCUGAGAAUAUGCAUGCACAAUGGUUUUAUUUGAGAUAAUUACCUCUGCGUUUUGCUGUAAAAACAGUCUCAGGGUUGAUUCUCUUGCAUUCGGAUUCAAAGGAGAUGCACAUUUCUAGUGAUCCUCAUAUGAUUAUUUAUUAGGUGGCCAUACCAUGGAUAUGUGAUCUGUAUUUUUAUUUGUGUCCAACCAUCUCCCGUUUCUGUC